UUUACAAAAUCGGGCCUUUAGUAGCUUGGUUUGCUUUUCAUAUGUACAGUCACGCGUUGAUAACUUUGCACAUUGCGCCCUCGUGCGGCGGAUGACGUCCACUACGCACUUCCGCAACUGCUUACGUAAGAUCCGGUUGUGCAGCAGCCAUUUUGUCUACCCUGACGGCGACGAACUGCAGUUCCACCUUCUCUGAACAUUUUUGAAAUGUUGCCGUGGGACCUCUAUUUCACGCUAUCUUCAAUUUGAGUGAGGUAUAAAAAUUGCAGCUCCCACCUGGAGACCGAGGGGGCCUCUUCUCUUCGAGAUAAAUCAAACAUUGGGCGUGAAAACGCGGGUCAGCUGAGACAUGUCGUGUGAGGAGAGCUACUUAGCUAUCAUACGCUAUCUGACCGAUGAACGGGAGCCGUACGCGCCGGGGACGCCCGGGAAUACCAAGAGAAAGAUACGCAAAGCGGCUGCAUGCUACGUCGUACGAAACGGGACUUUGUUUUAUCAGCGUCGACUGAAGGGCCAGGAUGAUUUCACGGAGCUGGAGGUGGUGCUGCAGGACGGCCGGAGGAGGGAACUUAUCAUCGAGGCGCACACCAUGGAAGGAGGAGAGCAUCUCAACCAGCAACUCACCUGGGAAGUCAUCUCUCAGAAGUACUGGUGGAGAGGCAUCCUGAAGCAGGUCAAAGACCACAUCAAAGACUGCGCCCACUGUCAGAGCAAGCGAAGCACUGACGACGGCUCCGGACCUCGACUGUUCUCCCGGCCAGGGAGGCACAAGGCAGCCGCGAACACAAACGAGGAAGACGAGGACAAAGAGGCGGAAGAAGAUGCAGAUGACAGCAUUUUCUUCACCGAUUCGUCCUCCCAGCCGAGGUCCAAGUUGGUCAAAGCGAAGCAUGAGCUGGUCUUUGUCGACAGCAAAGGGGAGGUGAAUCAGUUCCUGCCCAAACACAGCCAGACGAUGUUGGACAAGCUCAACCAGCAGCGCCUCAACAACCAGUUCUGUGACAUCACGCUGCUGAUCGAAGGAGAGGAGUACCGAGCACACAAGGCCGUCCUGGCAGCGUGCAGCGAAUACUUCAACGAGCUCUUCUUUGAAAAGGGAGCUGCGUCCACCCACGAAGCCGUGGUCGACCUCUCCGGUUUCACCAAAGCCAGCUUCCUCCCUCUGCUGGAUUUCGCUUACACUUCCAUGCUCACCUUUAAUUUCUGCGUCAUGGCAGACAUUGCCAAUCUUGCCCGACACUUGCUGAUGACUGAGGUGCUGCAGAUAUGCGAGUCUGUGCAUAAGAAGGUGGAGGAACAGAAGCUGACGGUUUAUCAAAGAGGAGACGUGCACACGGUGAUGUCGAGCCAGCCGGCGCCUCAGGAGGAGUCCAAGGACCAGUCCGGUGCCUUCACCGUGACGAUACAGAGCGACGGCCAGGCCGUGGUCACGCAAGACGGAGAACCUUUGACUUUUGUCGCACCUCCCAAAGACGCCUUCAUCAAGCAGCAGUUGGCGGUCGUCACCCAGACUGUAGAGGGAGACCAAGUCCACGACGUAGAGGCUGGACAAGGUGAGACGGUGGCUCUGAUCACUCACAGUGGACAGGUUCAGCCAGGAGAGACCGUUACUCUUAUCUCAGGCGGCGCAGAAGGAAUGGAGGGGGAGACGAUGACCGUGGUCACUCACAGCGGACAGGCCGGAGCCAGCGAGUCUCUCGCCGUGGUGUCGGCCUGCCUGGCCAUGGAGCAGCCGCAGGUCGCCGAAGCCUUUGUCAUAAACGUGGACGCAGACAAAGUGAGCUCCUCCGAGGUCGCCAUGUUAGCGUCUGCAGCGGCGACGCCUCAGGAGGGAGCUGCAGACGUCCAGCAGCAGGAAGUGGAAGCAGCAGCAGCAGCAGCAGCAGCCACGCCGCAGAAACGCAAACGGGGGCGUCCCGCCAAGGUGAAGAAAGAGGUGGAGAUGGAGGAGUUCCUGCCGCUGGAGGACGAGGAUCCCUCCGCUGAUGAAAGCCCCGUGGACAAGCUGGAGCGGACGUCGGACGACACCAGCAGGCGACGCCUCCGCCAGCGCUCGAUUGCCGAGGGCGGCUACGCCCGACUGCACAUGGGGCUGGAGGAUGAAGAGGAGGGAAAGAAAGUUUCAACUCCACCACGUGCUGCCACGCCCAAGGUGGGGCCGAGGCCCGGGAAGAGGGGAAGACCACCAAAGCAGCCAGUGGAGACUCAAAUGGACGAAGAUCCCGCGUCUGAGUCUGCAGUCGAUUCAGAGGCCGUCACUGUGGAGAGCACCACCACCACCACCACCGCCACAGGACAGCUCAGCUCAGAGGAGGCGGGGGUGAAGGGGGACGAGCCGAAGGCCGGACCCGAGCAGGACCCUGGUCCAGCAGAGAGCGCCGUGGAGGGAGAACACACGUGCUCUGAGUGCGGCAUGUCCUUCCAAAGACGCUACUCGCUCAUCAUGCACACGCUGAAACACGAGAAAGCUCGCGGAUACAAGUGCAGUCUGUGCAGUAAGGAGUUCCAGUACGCCGCCUCGCUCCGCGCCCACCUGGCCCGACACAAGCAGCAGAGCAGCCAGAGAGCCCCCGUCACCAAACCCUCGGCAGAACGCAGCGCCGAGGACAAACCGGAGAGGGACCUGGAUGACAAGACGUCGUCGGCGCUGACCAAGCGAGAGUUCGUGUGCGACAUCUGCGGGAAGACGCUGCCGAAGCUGUACUCGCUGCGGAUCCACAUGCUGAGUCACACGGGCGUUCGGCCUCACUCCUGCAAAGUGUGCAACAAGACGUUCACCCACAAACACAGUCUGAAGAUGCACCGAGCGCUGCACGACGUCACCAAGCAGUUCCAGUGUGAAUUCUGCAUGAAGUCCUUUGUGAGCAAGCGGAGCAUGGAGGAACACACCAGCCUGCACACGGGUGAAUCAAAGUACCUCUGCAACACGUGCGGAGCGACGUUCCACCGAGCCUCUGCUCUGAGCAAACACCUGAAGAAGCACCAGCCCAGACCAGACGUCCGGCCGUUUGCUUGUGCUCACUGUGAUAAGAGGUUUUACGAGUCCAAGGAUCUCCAGCAGCACAUGAACAAGCACAUGGGCCUGAAGCCUUUCCAGUGCCAGGUGUGCGGGAAGUGCUACAGCUGGAAGAAGGACUGGUACUCUCACGUCAAGUCCCACAGCGUGGCUGAGCCCUACAAGUGUGACGUGUGUGGGAAGGAGUUCUUUGAGAAGGCUCUGUUCAGGAGACACGUGAAGAAAGCCACGCACGGGAAGAAGGGUCGAGUGAAACAGAACCUGGAGAGGGAGUGCGAGCAGUGCGGCAGGAAGUUCACGCAGCUCAGAGAGUACAGACGCCACAUCAACAACCACCAGGGAGUGAAACCAUUCGAAUGUCUGACGUGCGGCGUCGCCUGGGCCGACGCCCGCUCCCUCAAGCGCCACGUCCGCACCCACACGGGCGAGCGGCCCUACGUGUGCCCCAUGUGCCACGAGGCGCACAUCGACGCGCGCACCCUACGCAAGCACAUGGCCAAGUUUCACGUGGACAGCCUCCCCGGGAAGAUCAUGCUGGAGAAGGACACCCUUCAGUUCCACAACCAGGGCACGCAGGUGGAGCACGCCGUCAGCAUCCUGGCGUCCGACCUGCCCCCCGAGCUCCGGCCGGCCCAGCAGCCGCCCUCGGAGGAGAUCGAGACGGUGCUGAUCACGGAGGAGACGGUGGAGGCCGUGCAGGCCGUCCAGGCCGUCAGCGACGGCUCCGUGUCCACGCUCUCAGACCAGGGCAUCAUGCAGGUCGUGAACUACGUCCUGGCCCAGCAGGCGCUAACGGGGCCCAAGGCUGACGACGCACCCGAGGUGAUUCAGACCAUGGAGGUAGAGGUGGCUCAUGUGGCCGAGGUGGAGUAACGCUGGGUCCCGGGGACUGGUCCACGUUGUUUCUUCAGUGUGUAUAAAAUGUGUAAAAUACUGUGUAUGAAGCAGAAUGUAACAGAUGCCUAUUUUUCUGAAGCUGUACAUAGUGUAAUUGAAUCAUGAGUGGAGUUUCCACUGUUCGGCCCUGAAGUGAGUGUGUUUUCAAACGAACUCACAUGUUUGUGUUCUGUUGCUGUACGUGGGCACAAGGCGAGAUGAGUUACAUAUAUGAAUUUACUGUGUUUUAGGAGAAUUUCAGGUAGAAUUAAAAAGAAAACGUGCUUUGGCUAAAUGUAUUUUACGUCGUCUCUAAUCUGUUGCUGUUGACUGAGAAGCUGUGAGACGACACCGUAGGAACUCCAGACGCCCAGCUGUCACGAGUCUGUCUCUACUCCCCAGCGCCGGCUUGAAGGAGGAGCAGAAAUAAAAGCUGCCUGUAUGUGUCACCUAGAUCACUGUCUCAUGUCACACUCGUGCACGGUUAGUGUUUGUAGAAGCAGAUUUUGUUCUUUUGUCGUUGUUUUUUUUCAAGAAAGAAACUUGACACAAAGGAGUGUUAACAUGCAAUACAGCAAGUAUGGAUAUUUAUUUCAAAAUUAUAUCAAAAUACCCUUGAUAUAUUGCAACAUAUUUACAAUACAUUGUACAAAAAUAUGAAACUGCAGUUGGUUUCUGCUUUCUAACAACGCAGACUACUGAAACAAAUCUGAACUUGUGGUUUAAUGCUGGGCACACACAUUGAAAACAAACAUUGUUCUUACUGGUACAACAACCAGACAGUAUUCACAUCAAUAUGUUUGGUUCUUGAUCAGAGUCAUGCAAUUUCUCUAGGGUGACUUUUAGAAAAAACAACUAUACAAAUUUAUAUACAUUUAGGUUUGGUUUUGGCCAGUUAUCAGGAUGAAAUAAACCUCUACCAAAACAUGGUUCAAGAAUAAAAAAAUACUUGUGCUAGGCAUCCGCAGCAAAAGCCUGCUCUCAAAAUGCAAUCACAACCACUUUUGCACAGCAGUAAACAAGAAUAAACAAAAAGGACAUCAGUCAUAGUACCAUGUAACUGUAAAACACUGGGUCAAGAGCAUUAGGCCUAUAUAUGGCUACAUCAAAUGAAUGACCAUCUGUCACUUGGACACACACAUACUUCACAACCUGACUCAAUAAGGUGAUGCAGUGGUCACAACACAUG